AUGUUUAUUUACAUUAAACAUGGAAGUAAGGAUCUCAGGCAGUUCCUGGUUAAUACCAACUGUCCAAUCGUUGUGCUCAUGAAGUACAUAAAAACCAGGUUGGGACUUGCUGAGUCAGAGCUUGUAGACCUGUGUGAUGAACGAGGAGUUCUGAAAUUCCUCUUUCAGCUCCAAUAUUCACAGGAAUCUGCUCGUAGACUGCUAAAGGCAAAAGAGUCAUUCACUGUUUGCAUUAUUAAGCGUACAUCUGAUGGGGCUUAUACCUCUCUCACAUCUCUACUGUCAAUUGUUGACUCUGCUCUAACAGAGUCCCUGCAGACUCAGAUUAACAAUCUUGAGAAAACCCGUCUGAAGCAGCUUCAUAUUGUGGAGGCUCGUGUGGCUACAUCAGAGGAAAUCAAUGCUCAGGCUUUGGCUACUAAAUCUACUAAAAAGCGCAAGAAAGUUACACAUGCCAGUACCCCUGAUGAAGAAGUCCAGCACCACACAGAGGACAGGAAGAGCAGGAACUGA